CUAUCAUGGCGACCUGGUCCCCUUCCUCGAGCGCCGCAUUCUCGCCGUCCCCGUCCCCCGUCAUGAAGCGGGCCAAAUGGGACGGGCUCCAUCUUGAACCCGAGGCCGGGCCCGAUUGGGCGCUACACGCCCCACCGCCUCCAACCCGCCCAUCGCGCCUCACAGAUUUAGACGCAGCGGGCGUGGCGCCCCCGCCUCUUUCCAGUCUUGGGAGUGGCGCGGCCUUGGAUUCGGGCUUCUCGGACGGGGCUACCCCGCCCCCUGUAGGCCGUGGCCAUCCCGACGAAGAGGACGAUGACGAAGAUGAAGGCAAUUUUCGGCCCACCCGUCACGUGACCAUGCUCAACGAGGACCAUGAGCUGUCUCGCCCUCGGUCUGAAGUUAACGGACCUGGACCCUCAUCGUCAGCAUUGGGACUGGAUCAAAAUUCCUCUUCUUCCUCGGCGUCGUCCUCCUCGUCGUCGUCCUCGUCUUUCUUGGAACAUAAGAACCUUCCACCUCCCCUUGGAUUAUCGUCAGGCUCGUUGCAGAGACAAUCCAUGGCCACCUCCUCGGGAGUGGUGGAGAAUGUGGACGAGUCCAGUCAGAUGUCAAUACCAGGUCCCUCAGGUCUGCACCAUUCCAAUAGCAAUGAGAGUGGAUAUACCAAUGAGAAUGAUGAGGAUGAUGAUUGUGUGUCCAACAUCUCGGGCCUCUCCGGCCUCUCAGAUCUAUCUGGCGCCGACUGGAAAGCCACGGCUGGUCCCUUCUCGUGGGUUCGAAGUCAGAUGAUGAAAGGUGUCAACCCUAGGGAGGUGCUCCAAUCUUUGAUCUCGAGUGAAGCGGUCAUCCCGGAAGACUUGGAUGAGUUGACCUUGUGGAAGAUCAUCCUGAACAUGCUCUCGGAGCCUCCCAGGCGGAGCAAGCUCACCACAGUCAACACCAUUGGGGACGUGGUGGGUCUCAUCCAGGCCGCCAAGAACAUCGUAGUGCUCACAGGUGCAGGUGUUUCGGUGUCUUGUGGGAUCCCAGAUUUCCGGUCUCGAGAUGGUGUUUAUGCCAGAUUGGCAGUGGAUUUCCCCGAUCUCCCGGACCCUCAGGCCAUGUUUGACAUCCAGUAUUUCCGACGGGACCCUCGGCCGUUCUUCAAGUUUGCUCGGGAAAUCUACCCAGGCCAAUUUAAACCCUCGCCGUGUCAUCACUUCAUUCGUGCCUUGGAGAAGCAUGAGCGCCUCCUCCGGAACUACACUCAGAACAUUGAUACCUUGGAGCAAGUGGUGGGCAUCCAACGAAGUGUCCAAUGCCAUGGCUCUUUUGCCACAGCCACCUGUACCAAGUGUGCACACAAGUGUGAGGCUGAGCAAAUCAAAGCAGAUGUGUUUGACCAGAAAAUACCUUACUGUCCUCAGUGUGUGGAAAAGUUAACUCUCCAAGGGCAAGCCUUUGACCCCUUGAACCUACCCAUCCGUCCGGAACCCCUCCUGUCCAUUAAUCCGAGUUUGGAAUCCAUGCUGCCGCAGCCGGAAGUGGGGCUAGGGAUGGGCGGGCCCAUGCCGGAACCUAGUAAAAAUCAACCUUCUUACCUCUAUGAGCAUCCAUCCGUCCCAGGUAUCAUGAAGCCAGAUAUUGUGUUCUUCGGCGAAGGUUUGGGGGAUGCAUUUCACAACGCUGUGGCAGAGGACAAAAACCAAGUCGACUUACUCAUCAUGAUUGGGUCUAGUUUGAAAGUGCGCCCAGUGGCGCUCAUCCCCUCGUCCAUCCCGCAGAGUGUACCCCAGAUCCUAAUCAAUCGGGAACCUUUGGGACAUCUCACUCCUGACGUUGAGCUCCUAGGAGACUGCGACGGGAUCGUGAACCAACUCUGUCACCUACUGGGACCAAACUGGGAGGAACCUAUCCACCAGAAACCUCUAGAGCAAACCUCUGAGCUACUCACCCCUCAAUCGGAAGAGGUUAGGGUAUCAAGCUUGGCCACACGUCUCCCAGAGGAUAUGUUCUUCUUCCAACCUCCGAGUCGAUACAUAUUCCCCGGGGCCGAAAUUAAAGAGAUGGACCUCUGCGAGUCGUCCAGCUCAUCCUCCAGUGGAGGUGACGAAGAUGGCGACGGGGAUGAGAGUGAUGACGAAGCUGGAGCUCCCUCCCCAAGUGCCUAUGGAACUCAUCACAGCCCUAACAAUGGCCCUGAAAACGCGUCGGGAGCUGAGUCUCAAGCCAUGUUUUGCUCCUCUCGCUCAAACGUCGAUGAGCCGGCUGCUCAAUCAAUCCUGUUACCUGCUGUUGAGGAAAACUCAACUGAAGCUACUACAUGCGUUGGUCAAAUGAGCGUGACCGGUCAACUUCCAGUCAACAGAAUGAAUCAACAGGCGAACGGCUUGAGUCCAGUUGAACCAAGCCGACCGGUAACGACACAGCCCAAUGAGGUAGUUGUUGCUCCUCUGGAUGUGACUCUGGGGGGUCAAGCCACGGAAGCUCGGGUAGAGGUAGCUCCAGUUCAAGUCGAUGAGGCGGUGAAGAGCGCUCUUGGCCAAAACGGAUUGAGGUCCGAAAGCCAAUCUAACAACCACUCCUCGGCUGAGUAUUAAUUCACAAAUUCUCAACCUUGCAAUAUAAUUCUUUCAGAUUUUUGUCUUUUUUAAAACUUGAAAGCCCCUUGCGUGUUCA